AUGUUGAGUGCAAAUCUCUCUCUGAACAAUGUCACAGCUGGAGCUCAGUAUCAGGGUUUACUGGAGAGACUGUUGUUCUCCAGUGUGACCUCUGUGCCCUGCUGCAUCUUCUUCUUCAUUAAUGUCACCAUGUUGUUCACCCUGAGGAGUAAAGCAGUGUUUCGUGAGUCCUCUCGUUACAUCCUCCUGUACAACCUCCUUGUUGCCGACACCAUGCAGAUGACACUGAGCCAGUUAAUGUAUCUACUCGCUGUCUGUAGAACUCGGCUGUCGUAUCCUGUGUGUGGUCUUCUGGUCAUGCUCGCUAAACUCACCAAUGAAGUCUCCCCUCUCACUCUGGUGGUGAUGUCUCUGGAGAGAUAUGUAGCUGUGUGCCAGCCGCUGCGACACGCUACCAUCAUCACCAUCACAAACACAGCACUGGCCAUCAUCGUGGUUUGGGCCAUUAGUUCACUGAACAUCCUCGUCCGAGUUCUGUUGCUGUUAGAUUUCCCGUUUGAAGACCUGGACACUCUGCAGAUGAAAGACUUUUGCUCGGACAUAGCCAUGUUGAUCGGGCUCGUGUCUGAUGAUCAUGACAAAGCUUACACUUGUUUUGUGUUUGUAUCAGCGACUGUAGUGAUCACGUGCACCUACAUUGGUGUGAUGGUGGCAGCCAGGUCAGCGUCUACAGACAAAGCUUCAGCUCGUAAAGCUCGUAACACGCUGCUGCUGCAUCUGGUGCAGCUGGGCCUCAGUCUCUCCUCCACCCUCUACAACCCAAUCCUCACAGCUGUUUCCAGAAGUGUACAAAGAUUAGUAUUUGUGCGCCUGCAAAAUGUUCUUUAUGUUUGCAUUUUCAUUUUCCCCAGAUGUCUGAGUUCUCUCAUCUAUGGCAUCAGAGAUAAGACCAUCAGACCUGCUCUCAUGUUUUAUCUCUGCUGUCGACUGAAAGUCCUUCAGGUCAACACUAAGGUCUCAGCCUUGUAA